AUGGCUGCAGUAAAUUACCCAAUCACAGGCCCUCCAAUGCCCUUUCCAGCUCCGGCUGAUGGAUCCUUCCCAAUCAGAAUCGAGAUUCGCGAUCUCCAAAAGAAUGCCGAUCAAUGGAACCUCUACCUGCUCGGUCUCGACGCGUUCAAGAGCCUUGACGAAACUUCUGAUCUCUCGUAUUAUGGCAUCGCAGGCAUCCACGGCCGUCCCUAUCGCCCAUGGGGUGGUGUUCAAGGUGACAAUCCUGGUGGAUGGCAAGGAUACUGCACACAUACUUCCAUCUUGUUCGCCCCUUGGCAUCGUCCGUACCUUGCAUUGUUCGAGCAACAAUUGUACGGUAUCAUUCAAGACAUUGCUUCAAAGUUCCCUGCCGAGUCACAAGCACGCUACCAGGCUGCUGCUGCCACUUUCCGUAUUCCUUACUGGGACUGGGCUGCCGCACCUGAAGAUGGAGGUUACUUCCCCGUCAGCGUUGGACGUGCUACCAACGUGGAUGUAAUCACACCAACUUCUGGCGGCAAAACCGUCUCUAUCCCCAACCCUCUCUACACCAACAAGUUCCACCCUCUUCUGCCAGGCGAUUUUGUUUCGCAGCCAUCCGGAAAUGGAACCAUCCCCUACGCCAAAUGGACAUCCACCCUCCGCUGCCCAAACAAGCCUACAUCGACUUUAGCUGUAUCAGAAGAAGAUCAAGUUGUCCAGUCCAUGACCACUCAAUUCGCUUCCAUCCAACAGAAUGUCAACAUCCUACUCACUGAUCCGAAUUAUACCGAUUUCACGACAUUCAGUAACCAUGAGUUGAUCAACGAAGAUCCUGGUUAUCAAGCUAGCUUGGAGGAUAUCCAUAAUGGCAUUCACGGCGCCGUUGGUGGUCCUGGUGGACAUAUGGCGGAGUUAGACUACAGUGCUUUUGAUCCUGUGUUCUGGCUUCAUCAUGUAAAUGUCGACCGUCUCUUCGCUAUCUGGCAGGCUAUCAACCCCACUCAAUACACAUUUGACAGAGUCGAUACUCUUGGUGGCGGCACAUUUGUCAUUCCUUCUGGCAGUGACGAGAACACCACAACUGGCCUUGCACCAUUCAACGACCCGUCUGGUCAAAAUUACUGGACCUCUGCGGAAGUUGUUUCCACACAAACAUUCGGCUACGCUUACCCCGAGACCCAGCGCUGGCUGUUCCAGAACGAUUCGGACUAUCAAAACAGUAUUCAAAAUACCAUUCAACAGCUCUACGGUGGUGUUUCAAACAGUUUCGCGAACGGCAACAACUUCGUGGUUCAGUCAGCUCCGGCUGCAGUCGCCACUGCACCGAUCGUCCAAGCCACUCAAGUUGAGAACCAGAAGCCCAUCUCCGAUGCUGCUCCCGCACCAGCUGCGAAGCAAGAGUCUGGCUUCCAUCCAAUCAAGGGCUUAGUACACCAUGUUCAAGAGAUAUUCCAUCACGACGAGUCUCCUCCGGCUGAUACUGACAAUGCUCGUGGACUCGACCUUGAAGCUGAAAUUGGUAAACCUGAUGAGAACAAACCUGAGCCCAAAGCCAUCACCUACACUGAUUACAUUGCCAAUAUCAAGACUUCCAAGCACGGUCUCGGAGAAUCGUAUCGUGUCCAUAUCUUCCUCGGCGAAUUCACUCCGGACUUAAAGUCUUGGCACACACAAGAUGCCCUUGUUGGUACUUUCAUGGCCUUUGGCAAGAAUACUACACCAGGUGAUGAGGCUGAGACUGGAUGCGGAAAGUGCAAGAAGGAUGCCAAGCGGGAUGUCUACAUCACUGGCACGGUUCCCUUGACUGCUCAAAUCUUUUCGGAAGUCCAAAAAGGCAACUGUCCUUCCAUGGACAAGGAGAAUGUCCUUGCUUAUCUGACGAAGAACCUCCACUGGCGAGUCACCUUGGCAGACGGAUCUGAAUAUCCUCGUGAGAAUGUUCCGGGUCUCACCAUCACUGUUGCCACAACUGAAGUCACCAUCCCUGUCCAUGGUCGACCACAACGAAGCGGUGUCUAUGAGAACCAUCCCGAAGUCACUGUUGGUAGACCUGCCGGAGCUUCUACUUAG